AGGGAUUUCCCCAUAAGGUGCAUGUUUUAGUUUUUGCAAGAACAGUUUUGGAAGCAAUUGAAAGCAAUAUCUACAUUAUUAUAUAGAAUGAGUACUCAAAAAGGUAACACUAAAAAGUCUGGAGGCCCAAAGUACAAGAAUAGUUCUGCAUUCCGGAAUGAUGUACAUGACACAAGUUGGAAAACCAAACAGAUAAACAGCAUGGAAAUCACAGGGUUAUGUUCUCGCUGUUCUGACGUGAUAGCUUGGAAGAUAAAGUACAAGAAAUACAAACCACUUACCCAACCAAAGAAAUGUACAAAAUGUCAACAGAAGACUGUCAAGCAUGCGUAUCACAUAAUUUGUAUUAAAUGUUCCACUGAGGCUAAAGUCUGUAGCAAAUGUGGAGAAAGUGGAGAUGUUGUAAAAAGUCCUGGUUUGAGUCCUUCAGAGCAAGCUUCCAUGGACAGUCAGCUACAAGAAGAAUUAAAAAUGUUGCCAGAGAGAAAGAGAAGAGCUUUUCUACGGAACCAAGAAUUAGGACUUUAUGAGGAAAAGGAUAAAGAUAAGACUGUUGAAGAUGACAUAGUCGAUGAAGAUGUAGAAGGUGAAGAAGUAUAUGAUGGGGAGAAAAAGGAUGAUCAUAUAUCAUGAUAUUUAGUUUCUUGGGUACAGAUUGGAGCACAUAGCAUUGUAUCAAGUUACUUAAGCAUUCAGAUACCGGAUCUAUUAACCAUCUUCAUGAAAUAGCCAUUGACAAAAAGUGUUUGUGCCUCUGACCAUUAAAGUUGUCUUGCAAUAAACUG